CAGCAGUUUAGCACCACGCUCAGCAGCAGCAGAAUACAGACAGAGGUGAUGUCUAGCAGCAGGAGCAGACAGGGACAUGUAGAGUGAUGCAUGUUAGAGUUAAUCCAGUGUAAGGGAGGUUAGUGGAUAGAAAACACAGAACUGUCGCUCCCUUUUAAAAUGCAUCGUCGUAAUGAUCUAUAUCCGUUCCACUGCGCAUGCGCCCCAGUCGGUUCGCGGUUGCGCCAACUGGUGGAGGAUGUAGCUAGCAGCCAGAGUCGAUGCUCAGCCUUUCUCACAACAAUAACAUCAACCGAAUCUGCAUCCCCACGAACCCGAUUCAAGGAUUAAUCUGUCUGAACGCUGCCGUACUCCGUGCAUUGGACCGAGGCUCGCCGGGUCUCUGUGUGUGUCUGUUGUGUUCGCGUUGUGUUGACAAUGGGAGCGGAGGUUUGCAGGUUUACUGGGAUCCUUUCUGCAGGAACAGGAAUCAUGGCUGGCCAGCUAGGCCGCAGGAGGAUUCUGUAGCUACCAGCAGCUGUCUCUGUAGAGAGAGAAGUGAGGAGAGACUUUAAAGCUUGGUGCUGAAACCUUCAUGUGUUAAUUAAACCGUUUAAUCGCGUUUUGUUUGUUUUUCGGGCCCGUGACUCGAGCUAACGAGCUAACGAGCCCGCUAGCUUCAACCUUGACUGGCUGACGUCUUCAGCUAGCUGUUAGCGCCGUUAGCUCCGUUAGCUCUGUUAGCUCUACCUCCCAUCCUCUGGAGGAAACAUUGUGAAGAACAGACUCUGAUCGAGGGACUUCCUCUCCUCUGAGAGCCGGGUCGGUCUGUUUCUGCUCCGUCUGCUGCUGCUGGAUGAAUGUGGGACAAAAUGGAGACCCCGACGAUUGUGUACGAUCUGGAUACCUCUGGGGGCUUAAUGGAGCAAAUCCAAACUCUGCUCGCGCCCCCCAAGUCGGAGGAGGUGGAGAAGAGGAGUCGGAAGUUGGUGAGGGACGUCCGGAGGAGUGGCAGGGCCACCAACCACGACACCUGCGAUAGCUGCCGGGAGGGUGGGGACCUGCUCUGCUGUGACCACUGCCCUGCAGCCUUCCACCUCCAGUGCUGCAACCCUCCUCUGAGUGAAGAAAUGCUUCCCCCGGGGGAGUGGAUGUGUCACCGCUGCAACGUCAGAAAAAAGAAGCGAGAGCAAAAGCUGGAGCAGACAAACGGUCUCCCCGAGCGGCCGCCUUCUAAGCGCUCUUCGUCCCCCGCCGUUGAGCUGGAGCUGAACGCCGGCCCGCUGCGGCUCGACGGCCUGCCUCCGGGCGCAGGAGCGGCAGGACCCGGUCUGCGAGUAGCCCAGGUGCGCCUCCUUGAACGCAGGACCAGCAGCAGACCGAGCAGCCGUCCAGGGACGCCCAACUCCAACACGUCGUCCACGCCGACCCCGUCAGAGGAGCAGAACGACGGCGAGGAGGAGGCCGCGGAGGCCGACGACGACGUUCAGGGCGCAGAGCUGGAAGGUGCUACGCUAACUGCUCCGAUGCCACGCCUCCUCAAGAGACCCUUUCAGCUGCUCAUCGCGGCCGCCAUGGAGAGGAACCCCACGCAGUUCCAGCUGCCCAGCGAGCUCACCUGCACCACGGCGCUGCCAGGCAGCAGCAAACGGAGGAGGAAAGAGGAGCUGCUGGGGAAGCCGUUCAGGCGACCUCAGCAUGAGCUGGAUUCUAACGGUUUGGUCCCCCUACCCGUCAAAGUCUGCUACUCCUGCAACAGGAGUUGCAGGCUGGCUCCUCUGAUCCAGUGUGAUUACUGUCCCCUCCUGUUCCACAUGGACUGCCUCGACCCUCCGCUCACAGCUCUACCUGCCGGCAAAUGGAUGUGUCCGAACCACGUGGAGCACUUAGUGCUGAACCAGAGGAGCCUGAGUCUGUCCAGCCGCUGUCAGCUCUUCGACCAGUUCCAGGACCGGAUGUCUCAGCACGCUGUGAAGCUGGACUUUCUGAGUCGAGUACACCGGCAGAACGCACCGAACCGACGCAGCACACACCAGCACAGCAAGAAGAGUUUAAAGGUGCCAGAUUCCAUCAAGUCUCAGUAUCAGAAUCCUCCCCCGCUGCUGCUUCCUGCACGGAUGCGCCAGUUGGAGCUGGUUUGUAGCGGCGUCCCUGACCAUCAGUCCUCGAAGCACCUGACCUCGGACGCUGAACAACAAGAGUGGCUGAAGGACGUCAUCGCCCUGCAGUGCAGCAUCAUGCGACACCUGUCCACCAAGCAGAAAGCGUCCUCCACGCUGCUGUCCAUCACGCCGCCCGCUGAGUGGAGCUCUGAACAGAAAUCUAAACCACGUGUAACAUCCGAGGAUUUAAAAAGUAAAGCCUCUAUAGGCAGGACUUCCACCCCCGAGCCCUGCUCUAAACCCUGCAGCCCGCCCGACGACGCCCCGUCAGAGCUGGCUGUUUGUAAAUGCAUCAACACGCCGUGUCAGAACUGUAGGAAACCUAACGGACCUCUAACCGAGGAGCACCGACCUCCCAAAGCUAACGGACCCGUAGACUGUAACCGCUCCUCGGACUCCUGCAGGCAGGGGGAGCUGCAGCACAGACUGAAGCCCUCAGACUCCUCCCCCGCCUCCACGCUGCCCAACCACAUACGAGCCGACACGGUGAAGAAGGAGCCCGAGAGCACGAUAGAGGCCUGCGCCCAGAAAAUCAGCCCCACCGCCCCCACGAUAUGGCCACGCGCCGGCCCGCAGAACCACAGCACCACGCAGGCGGGGCUGCAGGAGGAGAGCAGGGAGGAGAAACCCUCCAUCACCAGCAGUGCCCGCUCAGAUACGGCCCCUAAAGGCAGCACGGAGCAGAACAAGCUGGGGAUGACGUCACCUGCUCCAGACGUAAAGGCUGGUUCUGGUCCCGGACUCAUGGACUCUCUGCUGCCCAGCGCUCUGACCUCCAUCGCCAACCUGUCCAGCUGCAUGAAGGAGGGGAAGGAAGAGGACAGAGGAAUCGAGCUGGACAAACUGGACGCAGAGAUGAUCAAACUCCUGGCCUGGCAGAGGAUCCAGCAGCUGUUCCCCCCCAAAGUUCCUCUCAUUGCACCUCCUCCUCCUCCUCCUCCUCCCCCUCCUUCAGCGCCCAACGCUGCCGUCAAAUCUCCGUCGCCACGCCCCGACAGUCAGAAGAAGGUGCAGGCCCGAGCUGUCUUCUAUCCUCUCACAGGGAAAGGAGGAGCAGUCAGCAUGUGUUACAGGACGUUAUACAUCGGAUCAGGUGCUGACAUGGACGUGUGCCUUACAAACUACGGUCACUGCAACUACAUAUCGGGGAAGCACGCCUGUAUUUUCUACGAUGAGAACACGAAGCAUUACGAGCUGCUGAACUACAGCGAGCACGGCACUACGGUCGACAACGUCCUCUACUCCUGUGACUUCUCAGAGAAAGCUUCGCCGUCUCCACCCAGCGGGCUCGUGGCCAAAGUGCAAGGCAUCAUCCGUCGCAGUAAGAAGCGUGAGGAUGACGAGGGUCCCAGCUCCGUGGUGGGUCUCCUCCCAGCCGGCGGCGUGAUGAGCAGCCAGUCUCAGGGCGGCUCCGAGCCGUCGUGCAGCUGCAAGGCGAGCAGCUCCAGCCUGAUCGGUGGCAGCGGGGCCGGCUGGGAGGGCACCGCCCUGCUCCACCACGGCAGCUACAUCAAGCUGGGCUGCCUCCAGUUCGUCUUCAGCAUCACCGAGUUCGCCAGCAAGCAGCCCAAAGAGGAGCCCAACGCCACGCCUGCCGCCAGUUGCACUAGCGCCGCGAACACCAACAGCACCACCAGCAGCAGCAGCACUACCAGCACCGCCCUCUCCUCCAUCCCCACGCCGCCUCCUCCGCCUCCUCCCAGUACUGCCACGGUGAGCGGCGCCUCCAGCCAGGAGGGGACCAUCACUGAGACCGCGCGCCCGCACCAAGUGCCCGUUCUGCACACCAACUCUGUUCCAUAACCCGCACAGGAAGCCCCGCCCCCUCCCUCCCUCCCUCCGUUUGUUUUGCACCUUCCGAGUCUGAAUGAAGGGAACGCUGCACAGCUGGUUGGUCGACAGGGAAACGUUAUUUUUAUUUUAAUGGUUUAUAUCUUUGCAUGAACUUGAAGUAUUAUUGACAAUCUCUUCCGUUUUUGAACGACUGACAGUAACCUUCUGUUCACUUCAGAGCGAGCGAACAUUAUUUACCUGCGCUCACCUUUUCUUUGCCAGUAUCUUAGUUCGUAUGGUGUAACGUUAUUUUGUCAGUCAGCCCAUUUAGCACAACUUUUAUUUUGUAGUAAUGGAUUCCAUACAUUCUCAUUUCUUUUGCUGCUUUUGCACCACAGGUAGCUAUAUAUGUAUGAAAACAUACAUGCUUAUACACUAUGAUAUGUAUAUAUACUGUAAAUAUAUAUAAUUCAGUGCCUCUCAAUUGGAGAAACAUUGGAUUUCAUGUAGAUUUACCAUUUUUUGGUUUUUAACUGUACAGUUCAUGGAAUUUGUGAUACCGUGUAGAGUACCAGAGGUUUUGUGAUAAAACGCGUUCUUAGUCCGUACUUUCCGCUCUCCAUCUGUAAAUACCGUCUAGUUUUAGCACUCAUUUUAACAUCCUGUGCUGCUCUGUAUAUAAGCACUCUUUGUCUGUACUGCUCGUCUGUUCAAACAUGUAAAUACAGAAAGAUUUUCUAAGAACAAACUCAA